AUGAAUCUCCCCACAUUAGAAACAACCUCCCUUUCACCCUCCGAGUCCGAACCCGAGUCGAAUCAGCAGAAAAAGCGCCGCGUUACGAAACCACCCGAUUCUGCGGCUUCAGCACACGAAACGAGAAAAUUAGCUCAAGCGUCAAGAACUCUUCGGGCUUGUGAAUUAUGUCGCAAACAAAAAACUCGUUGUUUUAGAUCACCCGAAUAUCCCACAUCAUGUUUACGGUGUCGGUUCCUUAGCAAAACUUGUUCUUUCAAGUUGGAAGAGGAGGAAACACCAGAAUCACUGCAACCUGUCUCUAAUGAAGGUGAUCCAAGGGUAGGAUUAAUCUUGGAAAAGGUUAAUGAGUUGUUGAAUAUAGUUAAAAGUGGACGCGUUGGUAAUGAGCAGGGCGGAGAGGAACAUUUGAUAAAUAAUGAUGCUCGAUUGUUGUUGGAAACGGCCAGUUCCAUGCAAACCCAUCAUCAAGUCAAUUCGAAUUCAUUAUUGAAUGUUGAGAUUUUGGAACAAACUACACCCGAAUUUCAAAGUGCUACACAAAGCUUUAUAACAUCACCAUUUGCCAUAAUCAAGAAUCAAAUGAAGGACGUACAUUGUCCAGCUCCAAUUCAAAAUUUAUAUCAAUCAGAAAACAAUGUGAUAUUGAAUAGGCCUGGUAACAUUAUUGAGUUGGGAAUCAUGACUGAAAAGGAAGUGAUAGAUGUGGUUGGCAAUUUCAGAAGAAAUUAUGGUCGUUGGGUAUCGUUUCCCAACACUUUAUCCACUGAGCAUCUAGUCAAGGAUCUUCAAGAGAAAUCACCACUACUUUUAACGACAUGUUGCUGUAUCAGUUAUCGUUAUUCUGCUGAUACUAAUCGUGAUAAUCAACAACGAAUUGUACGAUUGGUCAAGGUUCUUAUCAAGGAGCUCAAUCAUAAUUUUACUAGAUUCACAUCGUUUACAAAUAAUGAUUAUGGGUUGGUUGAAUUUUUCCAAAGUCUUGCAGUGUUGAGUUUAUAUGCCGUUUCAAUAUCAUCUGUUGUGACUGGUAUAGAUCAUGGUGAUCCUGAAUUGGCUGGAUUUAACUUGGACCCGUGGCAAUUGUCAAGUAUUGGUAUCACUACUUUCCUCACAAAGUCAACUUUCCAAUUGUUCAAAACAAAGAGAAAUAAUACAGAUAAUGGUUAUGAAACUUUGACGAUACUACGCAUCUAUAAUCAUUUGUGUUUGGUCCACCUCAUAAAUUGUAUUUUUUCAGGAAGAAUAUGUAUCCUAGAUGAUGCGAGAAUUCGCUAUUGCACAUCAGCAUUGACCUUGUUUAAUGCCACGAACUUUGAUGGACGUAUGGUGGCAGAGAUCAAUAUUCUUCAUAUAACUUAUAAAUACCUUCAAAGAAAUGACGAUGUCAACACUCCACAAAGUUUGUAUGAUUUUCAAUUCAAUGAAGUUAUCAAAGAAGUUCAAACAUGGCUUCAAAAUUGGGAAUAUUUGAUCCAACAACCAGCUUUACAAUUUGCGGAGUUCAAUUAUCAUUUUUGUUCAGUAUUGAUCUAUCUUGCGUAUAGUUUUCAAAAGAUGCAACAAGGUGGAAGUGACUUGAACAGGUAUCUUCAGCAGGAUGUCUUGGACCUGAUUUUAGAGCAAUGUCUGCCACAGAAUCUACUUGUGAUGUAUCAGCAUGCAUGUGAUAUCCUUGAUCACGUUAAACAAAUCACCAGUGAGUCGUACUUUGCUUACCUAUCGGAUCAAAUUCAUUUUUGCUUCUACUUUAGUGGUGUGCUUCUUUCUAGGAUUUUGCAUCUUGCUAUUACGCAUGACCUAGCGCAUAUUGAGGAAUUUAAGGAUAUCAAAACCAAAAGAGGACUUACACGACAGUUGCAACCUAUUGUCAGUUUGUCGAAAAAGAUUGAUGGAUUCUUAUCAACCUCUGACCCGGUCAUCCUAGCUAAAUAUAAUGAAGGUUUAAAGCAUUGCAUUGAUGAAGUAUUAAAUGCUUAA